CAAUAAACGUCAAAGUUGUAAACACGACGAGCCAAAUUUGUACUGACGCAUUUCAGUAGCGAACGAAAUCACAACCAAAGAAGUAUUGCAAAAGUGGUAACAGCACGUUGUGGAAUGCGUGGUAGUCAGCAGACGAGUACGAGACAGAAAUUCCAAAAAACGAGUAUACUAGUCGUAAAUUAGCAUAUCGUCUCUACGUCGAUUAGCCGAAGCAGACAAAGGUGAAACAAUCGAUCUCUCGCUAGUGGUAUCAAGCGUACGCAGCUUACGGAACAUUAAAAAUGGCUUUGGCAGCGCGAUUGAUCCGGGGACUUCCUGGUACGCUCAUCCAAUCGAUUGGCAAAAAUAGUUUUUCAAGUGCAUCGGCAGCAACGGCCGCCAAACUGCAGGAACUAGCCCUGGAGGAAAAUUGCAUUCUGGUUAACGAACAUGAUCGACCACUGGGAAAUGCCUCCAAGCGAGAUUGCCAUCGUGUUGAUCCCAAAGGACAUAUCCGGUUACACAGGGCUUUCAGUGUAUUUCUUUUCAAUUCCAAGGGCGAAAUGUUGUUGCAGCGUAGAUCGACACACAAGAUUACCUUUCCUGACUGCUACACCAAUGCUUGCUGCAGCCAUCCUCUGUACGAUAUUGAAGGCGAACGUGAAGAACUAAACGCACUUGGGAUUCGGCGAGCAGCCCAACGCAGACUAAAUUACGAGUUGGGCAUCCCGUUAAGUCAGGUCCGACCGGAAAACUUCCAUUUCCUGACGCGGAUCCACUACGCCGACCAGGGCGACGGAGUCUGGGGCGAACACGAAAUCGACUACAUUCUGUUCCUUCAGAAGGACGUAGAUCUGAAGCCGAACGAGAGUGAGGUAAGCGAAAUUCGGUAUAUCCGACGGGACGAUCUGGAUCGGCAAAUCUCCGGCCUGGAGGCUCCACUAACACCAUGGUUUCGGCUGAUACUGGCUAACCGGUUGAAGCUGUGGUGGGACAAUUUGCAUCGGCUGCGAAAGUACGAGAAUUUGGAGGAAAUUGAAAGAUUUUAAACGACUGAGUGGCGACAAUAUAAGUAAAUUCGAUUGGUUUGUUUCGAAAUCUUUGUUUGAAAGUGUGCUUUGCGAUGCACAGGGUUAUGGAACUUAUGGUUUGGAUCGUUUGGAUAAUGAUUUUAACGAUAGCAAUAUUAAAUAUGUGAACGAUCCAGUCCUCGUGUGUCAUUCACGAAGGAAAGGACGAUUCAUGAGUUUGAGGAAUUUGUGAAAUAAUUGAAUUUCAACUAGUUAACUACGAAAUUAUUUCAUGUUUGGAAUAUAAAUUAUGGUUUAUACAUAA